AUGCCAACCAUUUUAACAGAGUUUUAUCCGAAAAUUAAUCUUUCUUUCUCUUUCUUUCUUUUUUUCUUUCUCAGCAUCUCAUCUGUUUCUUUUUAUUCUUCUUUUCCAUCUUCUUUCUUUCUUUCUUUCUUUCUUUCUUUCUUUCUUUGUAUAAGAUGUAUCAUUACUAUUCCUUCGUUUCUUAUUUUUCCUUCCUUGCCAUCGUUUUUAUUCUUUCUUUCUUUCUUUCUUUCUUUCUUUCUUUCUCUAAUUGCAUCUUUUUUAUUUUUUUCUUCUUGCAUUGACGUUGUUCUUUUGUCUCUGGUAAUUCUUUUUACUUUCUUUCAUUUUUUCGUUUUCUUUCCUUUUUUCUUUCCAUUUUCUUUUUUCUUUCUUAUUUUUGGUCUUUGUUUUAUUCUGUCUUUCAUGAAUAUUUUUAAUUCAUUCUUACUUUCUUUUAUCUUCUUUUCUUUCUUUCUUUCUUUCAUCCUUCCUUCCUUCUUUCCUUCCUUCCUUCCUUCCUUCCUUCCUUCCUUUCUUUCUUUCUUUCAUUUUUUCUUUCUCGGUAUCCUUUCCCUACUUUCUUUCAUUCUUUCUACUUGUUGUCUGUCUAGUCUUUCUUUCUUUCAUUCUUUCUUUCUUUCUUUCUUUCUUUCUACAUGCAUCAUUUUUCUUCUUUUUUCUUCUUCUUCGUCUGAUACAGAAGUACGUAACAGAGAGAAAGACUGUGUUGCGUCAGUUUCAAUUUCAAUAUGUCCUCACUUAAAUCUGGCUUAUUACAUUAAAGUUUCUCUUUCUUUCUCUCUUUCUUUCUUUUUUUCUCUUUCUUUCUCUGUACGUUGUGUUUUUCUUAGUGCAUUGCCUUUUGUAGUUUUUGCAAAUUUCAUUCGUUUUCUUCAUUUAUUUGAACAUUCUUUCACACAUUUCUCAUUUUAUUUUUCUUUCAUACACUCCUUCUUUCUUUCUUUCUUUCUUUCUUUCUUUUCUCUCUUCUUUCUUUCUUUUCUCCCUUCUUUCUUUCUUUUCUUCUUUGUGGCAUUCUUUCUGUAUUUCCAUUUUUUUGAUUACUUUCCUUCCUUCUCUCUUACUCUCGUCCUUUCUUUAUUUCUUUCUUUCCUUCUAUCUUUCUUUCUUUCAUACAUCUUUCUUUCUUUCUUUCUUUCUUUCUUUCUUUCACACUUUCCUUCAUUCUUUCUUUCUGUCUCUCUUUCCUUCUUUCAUUCUUUCUUUUUUCUUACUCUCGUUCUUUCUUGCCUUCCUACUUUCUUUCUUUCUUUCUUCUUUCUUUCUUUCUUUCUUUCUUUCCCACUUUCCUUAAUUCUUUAUUACUGUCCCUCUUUCUUUCUUUUUUCGUACUCUCGUACUUUCUUACCCUCCUACUUUCUUUCUUUCUUUCUUUUCUUUCUUUCUUUCUUUCUUUCUUUCUUUCAUACAUACCUUCUUUUUUAUUUUCUUUAUUGCUUACUUUGUUUCACUUUUUCUUACUCUCUUUCUUUCUUUCUUUCUUCUUUCUUUCGCUCUCUUUUUUUAACUUUUCUUCUUUCUUUCUUUCUUUCACUUUUUCUUACUCUCUUUCUUUCUUUUUUCUUUCUUUCGGUCUCUUUCUUUUUUACAUUUCUUCUUUCUUUCUUUCUUUUUUCACUCUUUCUUUUUACUCGCUCUUUUUCUUUUUUACUUUUUUUUUCUUUCUUUUUUCAAUCUUUCUUUUUAUUUUUUUACUUCUUGCUUUCAUAUUUCCUUCGUUCUUUCUUUCAUUCUUUGUUACAUUCCUUUACUGUAUUUUUCUUUCUUUCUUCAAUAUUAUCCUUCUUUCUUGCUUGCUUUCAUUCUUUCUUUCUCUCUUACUUUCUGUCCAUCGUUCUUUCUUUCUUUCUUAAUUUCCCCCCUUUUUUCUUUCAUACUUUCUUUCUUUCUAUCUUUCUUUUUUUCUUAAUUUCCUUCCCUCUUUUCUUCCUUACUUUCCUUCCUUCUUUUUCUUUCUUUCUUUCUUUCUUUCUUUCUUUCUUUCUUUCUUUCUUUCUUCACUUAGUUCUCUUUCUUUCUUUGUUUCUUUCUUUAUUUCUUUCUUUGUUUCUUCUUUCCUUCCUUCUUUCUUUCUUUCUUUCUUUCUUUGUAAUGCCUUUCAUCAUUUUCAAAUGUUUCCUUAUCUUUCAUAUUUUACUCUUCUUCUUUUCUUUCUUCUUUCCUUCUUCGUUUAUUCCUUCCUUUCCGGCUUCUUUUCUUCUUUCUUUCCGAUGCAACCUUCUUUUUUUCCUUCUUUAUCUUCCUUUUCUUUUAAUUCUUCUUUCCCUUUUGCAAUCUUCUUCUUUCCGAUUCAGAAUUUCACUAUUCCAAAUUUUACCUGUGCUCGAACCCAAAACACUUUGCGCCUCCCCCAUGAUUAAUUAUUCUUUCUUUAUUCAUUUAUUUAUUCUGUUUUCUUUCUUUCUAUCUUUCUUUUUCUUUCUUUCUAUCUUUCUUUUUCUUUCUUUCUUUCUUUCUUUUUUCUUUCUUUUUCCUUUCUUUUUCCUUUCUUCUUUCUUUCUAUCUUUCUUUUUCUUUCUUUCUUUCUUUCUUUCUUUCUUUCUUUCUUUCUUCAGCUUUCUUUCUUUUUUCUUUAUUCCUCUUUCUUUAUUUCUUUAUUCAGUUCUCUUUCUUUUAUAUUUCUUUCCGUCCUUCUUUCUUUUCUCAUUUUUCUUUCUUUCUUUCUUUCUUUCUUUUAAAUUUUACUUCCUUCCUUCCGUUCCUCUAUUCCUUGCUUUCUUCUUUCCUUCUUUCCUUCUUGCCUUUCCUUCUUUCUUUCUGUCUUUCUUUCUUUCUUUCUUUCCUUCUUUCUUUCUUUCUUUCUUUCUUUCUUUCUUUCUUUCUUUCUUUUUCUUUCUUUUCUUUCUUUCUUUCCUUCUUUCUUUCUUUCUUUCUUUCUUUCUUUCUUUCUUUCUUUCUUUCUUUCUUUCUUUCUUUCUUUCUUUCUUUCUUUCUUUCUUUCCUUCUUUCUUCCUUUCCUUCUUUCUUUCUUUCUUUCUUUCCUUCUUUCUUUCUUUCUUUCUUUCUUUCUCAUUUUCUUUCUUUUUUCGGUUUUCUUUCUUUUAUAACCUCAUUUUUUUAUUUGGUUUUGUCGUUCGUUCCUCCUCUUCAUCCAUGUUUCAUUUGGUCCGUUUCUUUCUUCUUUCAAUAUAUCACUUUUUAUUCCUUCUCUUUCUCUCUAUUUCUUUGUUUCUUUCUUUGCUUCUUUCUCACUUUUCUUUCUUUCUUUCUUUCUUUCUUUCUUUCUUUUUCUUUUCUUUGUUUUUUCUCUAUUUUCCGUAUCUAUAA